GUGCCCAUGCAUCUUUAUUACAAGCAGUGUCCACGACCACCACACACACACACACACACAAAUAACUAACUACAUACUCAUCGAUCGACCACGUACGGCGGGGAUAGAUGACGCUAUUAGCAGGGCUGCAGCAGGGUGAUGAUGAGCUCCUGACUCAUGGCGAUGAGCUGCUAAUAAUCUUGCAGUCUCCGAUGACGACAGUGGUUAAUAAUAAGGUGGAUGAUGAUCAGUCCGGUGAUGGGAGACGACGGCGCCGCCCGCUGGGGAGAAGCAAGAUGAGAGCCCGGCGGCCUCAAGACGACAGCAAGUCGUCGUACAAUGGCGAACAACGUGAGGAUCAUCGUCAUUCCUGCAAAAGAAGCAGGAAGAAUAAUAAGCAACGACACAAGAUGAUGAGCGGCGCCGCGACGUCUGUUGUGAUCACAUCCGUGCCCGAUCUCGAUGGGUACCAAUGGAGGAAGUACGGCCAGAAGCAAAUCGAAGGUGCCAUGUACGCUAGGAGUUACUACAGGUGCACCUGGAGCGCAGAGCAAGGCUGCCCGGCCAAACGGACGGUGCAGCGCAACGACGACGGCGACGAUAUUCAUGGCGGCGGAGGUGCCCCGGCAGAGUACACGGUGUCGUACAUGGGGGAGCACACCUGCACGCCCAACGAUUCCAUGGAGGCGCCGUUCAUCCUCGAGACCGCCGCCGCCGCCGCCGUCCCUGUUACAUCAGCUGGCGGCUCUUGUUGUUCUAGCACCAGCACCACCACCAGCUGGGCCCCGGCACCGGCUGCUGCGUCGUCGUUGCAGGAGUUGGAGGAUUUCACCGGACCAAUCCGGUCACCGGUGCACAUUGCCGUGGCGGAUGGUUGGACGAUUGACCACUUCCUGCUUCUGCAGCUAGCUAAUGAUCAGCCAGUUUCCUAUUUCUCUUUUUAGCUACUCUCUCCGUUCUAAAUUAUUAGUCAUUUUAAUUUUUUAGAUUUAUAGACUUUACUAUAUACUAGUAUAGUACUCGUGCAUGGCUACCAGUAAUAUAAUAAAUAUACAUAAUAUCACCAAUAAAGUAAUAUCACCAACUUAAUUUGUGCUUGUUCA